AUGGCAAUCCGAGGUAAAAGAACUAAACGUGCUCGAGGGAGAGGCUGCAGCGAUCCACCACAAUCUUCGACUUCCCUAGGUGUCAAGAAUGACAAGAACAAAAUUCAAAAGAAAGAACCGGUAAAAGGGUUUAAUGCAUUGAAUAAUAAGCAGAAAUCCGCACCUUUUAAUUCUGAACAGAAUGAUGAAGACAACGGUUACAAUGAUUGCGAAGACGGAGAGGUGCAACUCAUCGAGGAAAUUUAUCAACGACAAUUACUCAAGCAGCAGGCAGCUGAUGCAAAUAAUGCGAAAAAAUGUAUUGAAGCUACUUUGGGACUUUCCAACAAUGUGAGGCCAUCAAGUGGAGGAUCACAGGUAGAAACUGUUCGGCAACAAGUUGUAUCUGUAGAGGGCAUCUCUAACUCAGAUAGACGAAUUACUCGGGGUCGAGGGAGAGGUCGUAGUGAUCUACCAGAUCCUUCUCAAUAUUGCAUUGAUCCACCACCACAACCGGUACUUACUUCGGUUUCCCCAGGUGUCAAGAAUGGCAAGAAUAUAACUCAAAAGAAAGGCCGGGGUAAGGGGGUCAGUACAUUAAAUAAUAAGCUGAAAUCUACUGCUUUUAAUCCUGAAAAGAAUGAUGAGCACUACGACAAUAAUGAUGGUGAAGAUGAAGAAUUGCAACACAUUAUAGAGAAAAUUUGCCAAUCACAAUCACACAAGCAGCAAGCAACUGAUGCAAAUAAUGUGGAAAAUUAUAUUGGAUCCAGUUUUGGACUUUCCAACAAUGCGAGGUCACCAAGUGCUGGAUACAACGUAGAAACUGAUACAAGAACAGUUAAAUCUGUAGAGGGCAUCUCUAACCCAGGUAGAGGAGUUAGACGUGGUCCAGGGAAAGAUCGUAGUGAUCCACAAAGGCCUUCUCAAUCGUGCAUGGUGCCCUUCAAUAUGCUACCUUAA